AUGGACUGGUUUGGCCGUGCUAAGAUCGCCUUCACUCACUCACCUUCGCCGUUGCCAUUGCGAAGGAAAGACGGCACUGCGACAGACUUGCCGACAGUGUGCGAAGCAAGCACUCCUCCAUGCCAACUCAACCCGCUGCUUUUCAAUGGUCAUCUCCAAACCAUGUGGACUGCUGUGAAGCAGCACGGGCCGCCCAUCUACUACCGCAGAAGGAUCUUCGAUGCCGACCACAAGACGUAUACCGGUACCUUCGCCGUCGAUUUUGUGGUCGACCCGCACCAAGAUGUCGACGAGUCCCUGCCUCCAAGGACUUCCUACUUCUCUGAAGAAGAGUUCGCCAAGAUCGGGUCAGACGACACCAGGCCCAUGCUCAUCGUGCUUCAUGGCUUGUCAGGCGGAUCCCAUGAGAUCUAUCUCCGUCAUUCCAUUGCCCCUCUGGUAAUGGAUGGAGGAGACUGGGAGAUCUGUGUAGUGAACUCUCGUGGGUGCGCCAACAGCAAGGUGACAAGCGGCACUCUCUUCAAUGCCAGGGCCACUUGGGAUGUCCGACAGAUUGUGAAGUGGGCGAGACGGACGUUCCCAAACCGGCCUCUCUUCGGCCUUGGGUUUUCGCUGGGCGCGAAUAUUCUGACCAACUAUGUUGGCGAGGAGGGCGCGAGCUGCCCAUUGAAGGGUGCUAUCGCCGUCGGCAACCCCUUUGAUUUGGAAGUUGCCAACAAGGCUCUCCAACGGACAUUGUUAGGAAAGCAGGUGUACUCGCGCGUCAUGGGGACGAAUAUGAAGAAGCUCAUCAACCUCCAUAAGGACGCAGUGCUUACGCACACAAACCUGAACUUCGACCAGAUCCAAAACGUGACCUUUCUGCAUGAGUUUGACCGAGAAGUACAGACUGUGACCUGGGGUUACCCGACCGAGAAUGCCUACUACCGUGACGCUUCAUCAUCAGAUGCAGUCCUCGCCAUCAGGAUUCCCUUCCUUGCCAUCUCGGCCCUGGAUGAUCCGAUUGCAGUGUUUGACGCCAUUCCCUUCGAAGAGUUCAAGCAGAAUCCGUACACAGUCCUACUCACAACCUCACUGGGCGGGCACCUUUCGUGGUUUGAGGUUGGCGGCGGGAGGUGGCACGCGAAACCGAUCUGCGAUUUCCUCAAACAAAUGACAACCGAAAUCGAUCUCGAUUCUAUUACGCCCAAUGCCAACGGAGCAGGGCGCAAGUACCAGUUCGUCACCAACUUUGACCCGAUGAGGCGGAAGUUGCAAGUCAUCGACAACUGA